GUGAAUUAUUGGUAAUCUAGAUUUUUUGUUGUUCGUGAUGCUCCCUUUAUUCUCUCCAACUUAGAUUUUAUGUGUCUUUGUCCGAAGCAUCUUAUAACGAGUUUGUGCGACGUGGUUUACUUCACAACCUGGUUGUUUUAGAAUCAGGUAUGUCUUAAGAACAGCACUGGUGUCAUUUUUAUGCACAAAUAUGCCAGACUGGAAAAAUUUCCCUCGUUUAUUAUUAACACUUUUAACCAUUUGCUAUGAUUUGCAUUCCAGAAGUUGGGUAUUCAUUAAAUCACUCAGAUUUGCUCUGGGCUGAUUGAAAAUUUUUUAUCUUAUUUUGCAAUUAGAUCAUUUAAUAAUUGUUCAAGUAUGCUAAAACGUUACGUUUUUGUCUCUUUAAAAAGCCCCUGAAGCUCUUUAGGAAACUGAAUCUGUCCAUUCAGAGCAUAAUCAAGUCAUGUCAAGCUGGACUUUAUAUUUAUGUUAACGGCUUUAUAUAUUAAGUUGGUGUCGAACCUUGUAGCUCCUCACUUGUGUUGUGUGAGCUGCCAUCUUGACCAGCUCACACUUUAAAAACAGAUUUAUUCGCAAGGCGUUUCUUCUUUAAACACAGGCUAAACGAAUGAAAACAUUUUUUCAUUAUUGAGUAUUGUUACAAAACUGCAAGUUGUACGAUUUCUCACUGCAAUGGGAAACGGCAGCACAAAAACUUUGGGCUAUUUCAUUUGCACAACUGACAAUGAUUUAGACAGUAAUACUUUUAAAACAGUCAUAAACAGGAUCACAGUAGAGCUCCAGCUUGACAGAAUUUAUUUUAUUUAAACUAUUUUAAAGCAAACGAUGAACUCCUCACCUAUAAGUGUUAUAAAUACACGCAGAGUCUUUACUGGAAACACACACGUCACUGGUGUUUGUUCUGCUGACAGGCAGGAAGGGGUGUGUGUGCUGGAAGUGUGAGCCUGCCUUUCGAAUAAGUACGAGCUGAGGACCACAGGGAGGCAGAGAGCAGGACUCCUUCCACUCACAGUCAGUAUGAAGUCGGCAGUUCAGUGUUUGUGCUUUUUGCAUUUCGCCCUGCUGAGUUUUGGACUGGACACGUACGUUUCACUCAGCAGAAGCAAAACCUCUCACAGUCAUGGGUAUAUAAACCAAGACAGAGUGAGAACACUGUUUACCAGGAGGGCACUGUAUGAACAGCAGAAGAACCACGAGACAAAAAAGUCCCGCAUUGUUCCUCAUCCUCCGCCUCAAAACGACACUUCUCGUCCCAGAGCGGGGGUGCCGAAGCCCCCGGUGAAGCCGAAGCCCCCGGUGAUGCCCAGGUGCUCCCUGCUGGGGCAGAGCUGCGUGCCGCUGUCCGGCUGCUGCGACCCGUGCGCAACGUGCCACUGCCGCUUCUUCAACGCAAUCUGCUUCUGCCGCCGAGCGGAGCGCGCCAGGUCACGGUGUGGGAGCAAGAAAACAGCGAAGCGAAGGAAGGCGAGGAAAAAGUCAAAGACGCAACCCUGAACACGCACCUGGUCCAGUGGAGGAAAAGAAAAGAAACAAGUGCCAGUCGAAAGCUUUGGACACUUCAAAAAAAACGUCGGCACGUGGGAAUUCAGUUUUAUCCCUCUUGUAGGAGGCAGCUGCUUGGAUUAACUAAACCGCCAUGACUGAGAUUAAAAUCUCUAGAAGUAUUUGCAGGGUAUUAUCAGUCAUGCAAGUGUUGUAUUGUUGAUGCAACUUUUGUAUAAUAAGCAUGUUAUGUUUAGUGAUUACAUCAAUGUUCCAGUGAAAAGGACUCACGUUUUUUGUCGUGUAAGUUGGCAGCUUUAUGUUAAUAAAGUGCUUUGGGUUUUUUUGUUGA